AUGCGACUCAUAUCCAGACCUUCGCUGUCAAAUUUAUUCCAAAGCCAUGCGAAUCCAAUAAACUUCUCUUGUCUAUUCUCCACCAAAUCCAAGAAUGACAUAACCCAAUUUACACGCCGGCUCUUCAAGCUCCCCUCCCCACCACCUCCGCCCUCGCAAAACCAUAACAGUCUCGCCCAAUUCCUAACAUACGCCACGCGAAUCUCCCUUCCCGAAACCAGCACCGUCUUCGUUGGAACCCACUACGAAUAUACCGUCCUUCAAAGCCUCCGCCGCUAUGCCCUCGCACUCCACCGCAUCGGCGGCCGCGAUGAUGCCGGGAUCGACCUGGUAGGCACCUGGCACCUCCCCACACAUGAAGGCUCGCGUGCUCUCCGCGUCUUAGUGCAAUGCAAGGCACUAAAGACUAAGCUGGGGCCGAACCUGGUGCGCGAGCUCGAAGGAACUCUCCGACAGGCACCGGUGGGUUGGCGCACGGGUCAAACGGUGGGGGUGCUGGUUAGUCCGCGCGAGGCAACGAAGGGAGUGCGGGAUACGUUGGCGCGGAGUUCGUUCCCGCUGUUUUGGAUGAUGGUAGAGCGGGAUGGGACGCUUAAACAGGCGCUUUGGAACGCGAGGGCGGAGGCGUUGGGAUUGGGAGCUCUUGGGAUUGAGACGAGGUAUGCGACUAAUGGCGAGGAGCUUGUGAAGGAGGUUGCGCUUACUUGGGAUGGAUCCGAUAUUCCUGAUAUGGAUGCUGUUGAGCUUGGGCUGCUGCGGCAUGAGGAAGAGUGGGUUAAAUCUUGGGGGGAGGAAUUGAAACAUGUUGAUAGGAACGUGUUGAUGGAUACUGUUGAGAAGGUCUUUCCAGAUGGUUAUCCUAGUGAACCAGAUGGGACUUUGGCGCAGGUACACCAGUCGAGGGUGCUUGAGGCAUUGCGAGAACGGGGAGCUGCGCUUGUAAACUAA